GCGGUUUCCAAGUUCAUCUACUAUCACCUCCAGCUUGAUUGGAGCCAGGACCAGAAAAACAAGAGGCGACUCAAAACCCUCAUUCCCGACCUAUUGUUUUUAUCUUAUACUAUAGUCAACACCCGCCACGCCCGCAGUUCUAGUCUACAUACCCUAGCGACCCGACUCUUGAAACAUUAUGAAUUCUACAAGGUUCGUCGAUGAGAUGGAUCGGUUUCAAUUGCCUACGAUUUUAAAACGAGAAUACGAAUACUGUCAAAGUUUAUUCGGACAACGCAUGGUGCUUCAUGCUCGGCGAGUCAACUUCAAGCCGGUGAUCACGCCCCUCACUACUAGUUUCUUUUUCCUUUGGCUCUGUGCCGUCAGUUUACCUGAGAAAGGCCCUUUGCCAACACUUUUCCGGCUUUCAGUACUCCCAUUCCUUCUCGCUAGUGCAUUUGACAUCGCCGUCAACAAAACUUACAGCUUAGGAAGUCCUCUCCGAGACGUUAUGUUCCCUUACUGGGGGUGUCUGAUUGCCUUUCGGAUAAUAGACAUGGCACUCGUGAGCUUGUGGGACGAAGAGCCGGCACCAAGAUGGAUCAAACCCCAGAAAGUGCCCGAACAAGAAAACCUUCAUGUCGCCAAAUCAGUUAUCAGUUUGAAAAUUACCGAGGAGCAGGACGUCGAAGAAGUAUCUCGCGCGCUUUGUGAUGAAGGCAAGGGCACCUGGAAGUCCAGCCGCGGGAGACGCUAUCUCUGGCGACCUGUACCCCACUCGCCACUCUUUUCUUUCGAUAGAGCUUUAUACGGCUUGGAUGUCAUUCUGUUGAAUAGACCAGGAACUCCUUGGUUAUUUCCUUGGCGCCUACGCUCUCUGGACUGGUCUCUAGUCGCACUUAACGGACAGCGACGAGAACAGCUUAACUUUGGCAAACCCGAAUGGCCAUUCCUCUUGGCUCUGAUCCAGCAAGUUUUUCAUUUGAUGGCGCAUAAUUAUAUCCGAAGUAUGGACCUCGACGGGAAGAGAACUGAAACGCGAGAUUUAUGGGCAAUAAAGCUACCAGAUCAGAUACUCGUGACGUUAGCUCUGGGUGCAAUCGUCGCCUUGAGUAGUUCCUUGGAGGAAGCAAUCACUUUUCCACUAUUGUUGAACUCGAAAUUCUUACCGGAGACGGCUCUGCUGGGUAACACUAGACGCGCCAUACUCUCCAAAGGAUUGGCCGAAUUGUGGGGAUAUCGGUGGCAUCAUAAUUGGCGAAGAAGCUUUGUCCGCACUGCGCGACUUUUUCCUGGGGGUUUAAAUCCCACAUGGAACGCCCUAUGGACGUUUUUUCUUAGCGGCAUGAUGCAUUCCAUAAUGCUUGCGCGAGCAUACCCGACACCAACUCUCAGUCGCCCCUGUACGAUCUUACCAAUCUUUUGGGAGCCCGGGAUGAUGCUGUUCUUCAUGGCACAAGGAUUAGGAACGUUGAUUGAAAAGACGUAUUUUCCGACAAAAAACGCCUCAAUUUUGAAACGAAUUUGGAUGUGCAUUGUGUUGAUCGGCACAGGGCGAUACCUCGUUAACUCGAUGGUAGUGAAAGGUUGGUUGUCAGCCUACGAGUGGAAUCAAAUGAACUACGGUAAUGUCAUUUCCGACAUCUUUGGCCGCAGCAUUUCGGUAUAAAAUUAUCGAGCCUUCCGCGUCGGAGCCGAAACGCGAUGAAAUAAAAACAAAAACUUACUCAUGCCGCUUGCUUGAUGUACAACUGGGGGUAAUUUUCCGACGGCAAUAUCAUAAUUUUGUUCUCGAUCACGAUUUUUAUAAACCCUUCUCAUCAUGGGCUCCCCAUCCAUUUAAUCCCUCUUUCCUGGUAUGUAGAACUAGGAACAUAUUAUAUCAACAUAUGGACACAUUAGUCGAGUAAAAAGAGCGUCUGAGACUAUAGUGAUGAAUUCACCGCUGCCGA